AUGUCCCAACUGGAAAAGAAAAGCUCCAUGAUCGAAAUCAAGGACAUUGACAACCGGUCUGUUGUUGGUUCAAUAGAACAUGACUUUGAGCUUGGAAGCGAACGAGGUGGUGUUGUAGAUAUCGAUCGUAGCGAAGCUGGUUCUUCAUUUAUGGCUUAUCUUAAUGUUGUCUGUGUUGUUGUCGGUACAGGUAUCUUGGGUCUCCCCGCUGCUUUAAAACAAGGUGGUUGGAUUGGUCUUUUGAUUUUGUUCCUGUCAUGGUUCAUGUCUGUCUACACCUCGGUUCUUUUGAUCCGUUGCCUUUACGCCAACGGUAAAACUCGUCUCACUACGUAUACCGAAAUCGCUAUUUUGGCUUUCGGCAAAGUUGGCGGUUACAUCACUUUCUUCUUCAAUGCCUGGCUUCUUUUGGGUGGACCUGUCCUUUAUUUAGUGCUUUCUGGCGCCAAUAUGAAUCAACUUUGUGCAGGUACUGUCGCUGAAAUUGGACAUAUUCAGUGGACUGUCAUCUGUGCCUGCUCUGUCGCCAUUCCUUUUAUUUUAGUCAAGAACAUGAAGGAUGUUGCCUGGAUUAGUGCUUUGGGUGUUGUUGUUAUCUUUAUCGUUGUUUUCGUCGUUUUAAUCAUGUCUGCUAUGGAGAAGCCUAAAAUGGCACCUUCUCACCAUGAUGCUGUUAUUUGGGAUAUGUUCCCUGUCGCAUUGGCUACUAUUGCGUUCUCAUUUGGUGGUAAUGUCACAUACCCUCAUGUUGAAGCUGCCAUGAAGAAACCUCAAGACUGGACCAAGGUUGCUACUUUAGGUUUAUCUACUUGUGCUGCUCUUUAUUUCAUUGUUGCCGUCAGUGGUUAUCUUGUUUAUGGUAGCGACGUUGCUAGUCCUGUUUACAACAGUCUUCCCGCAGGUGUCGGUCAAACUAUUGCCAUUGUGGUCAUUACCGUUAAUGUUUUAGUAACUGUACCUAUCUAUGCCACUUCUUUCUCUCUCGACAUCGAAAACAUGUUUGAUAUUACUGUCGAACGCUUCGGAAGAGUCAAAGAAUUCAUCAUCCGUGCUAUUGUUCGUAUUCUCACUAUGGUAGUCAUUACAGUUAUUGCUUGUACUGUACCUCAUUUCAGUACAUUGAUGUCUUUGAUUGGUGCCUUUGGUAAUUGUACUUUGGUUUUUAUUUUCCCUGUUGUUUUCUACUUAAAGAUUACCGGCAUCCGUAACAAACCUAUUUAUGAACUUGUAUGGUGCUUCUUGAUUUUCCUCCUUGGUCUUGUUGGCUUGAUCUUUGGUACUAUGGAAGCAAUCAAGGAAUUAAUUAAUGAUUAUGGAGCUUAA